UCUUUAUUUUUUAAUAAUUUUAUUUUAAAAAACAAGGUUUUUGGAGACCUUAAAACUCAAUUAGAAUUAGGAAUUAGAGGUCUGCAAAGGGUAGGUUUUAGCCCGCCUGAUUGGGUCGAGAUUGGCGAAGCGGCUAAAAGAUUAACUAUUCGUAACAGAACUUUGAAAUAUCUACUUCAAAUCAAUGUUAAAGAUUCCAUGAAAUUUAGAACUACUUUUAACGUCUGGAUAAAUUUUACUUUCUUUUCUAUAUUCUUUUUCUCCGGACUAAAUUUGGGCAUUCUAACAUGGCAUUUUUUAAAGCAUGAUUUCAAAAUCUGUCCAUUACCAUCUCGAGCGGAAUCGAAUAAAAUGGGCAUUGCGAAAUAUUUAAUGAAAAGGUCAUACCAAUAUAUUGAAGAUCCUCCUAAUUCUUACCAUGUUACAAAACUGGAUUCGAUCAACAUAUUGAUAGGCAUUAUGACAUCCCAGCAAAACCUCAAAGAUAGGGGUUUAAGCAUUUUGCGUACGUGGGGCAGCAUUUGUAAUAAAGAAUUAGCCAAUAGCACUGAUGGGACCGAUUCGGGUAUCAUGAUAAGAUUUUUUGGAGAGGCCCAACUAGAUCCCAGUCACGAAUAUUGUCUUGAUAAUAAACUCAGCAAUGAUAAUAAUAGCUAUACAAAUGGUGUCGAGUCCGAAAAAUGUGUCAUACGUGCAAAGAGUAAUUGUUUCGUUAGGCUCAAAGAUGCCACAAAUGCGAGAGAAUAUCCUCCAAUGAUAAAGGCUUUUUCCAUGCUGAAAUACAUGUACCGCCAUUACAUAUUAAAACCUAAAGUACAUACUAAGAUUGAUUGGUUCAUAAGAGUAGAUGACGACGUUCACGUGAAAUUGAAAGAAUUAAAACGUUUUUUGUACUCUUUGAAUCCGCGGAAUCUGUAUUACAUCGGUCAAAUGGGGAUAGGGAGAAAGCAAGAUGCGGAUACCAUAAAUUUAUUUAAAAGAGACAUUAACACUAAAAAAACUCGUUCUGAAGCACAAAAUUUUUGCAUGGGAGGAACAGGGAUAAUAUUUAGUAGGGGUGUUCUCGAAAAGAUGGGUCCUUAUAUCGAUGAAUGCUUGAAAAAUACUGUGUCUAUUCACGACGAUGUCGAAAUCUCUAGGUGCAUUCAUAUGCAAGUUGGAGAUUUAGAUUGCGUUUUGGCAUAUGAGGCAAAGAACGUGUUUUAUAACGAUUAUUUCCCCGAAAAAAACACUCCGCCUUCGCCUAAAGCAAUAUUCAUUCAUCCGUUAAAAACCUCGUUAAAAAUGUAUCAAUCCCACAAAGACUAUCUACUUAAGCGCCUACAAAAUUUAAGGACCGCUUUGUGGCAAAAAAGCAAAAUAUAUGGGCAGAGUGUCAGCUUUCAUUACGGUUCUAAAGAUGAAAUACCGGUGUACUCACUUAUUUCGAAGGUAGGCCAGGUUUUGCAUUCGCCUGAUAUUAAAAACCCGCACAUUAAUUUGCCCUAUUAUUGGCGAAAUUUUUUUAAUUCAGCUAUCAACAAAUCGAUCGAAUUUGUGAGGGCGAAUAAUGACCCCAAAAUAAAAGUAAAUUUACCAGAAACGCGCGUAUACGCGGAAUGGCAACCUUUUGCCAUUAAAAAACCUUACCUGAAUGUGAAAAGCUUUAUCGCUGUGAAUCACGUAUCGCCUUCUUAUAAAUCGCAGAUAAAUUUCCACGAAUUAAAAAUAAAUUAUCCACUCCAAGAAUUCGUGUUCGAAGAAAAACUUGGCCACUCAAUCGAACCUUCUAGGAAAACCAUAAAUUUCAUACUUCCUUUUAGUAUACGCUAUAAAACGUUGAAUCGCUUCUUGGAUUUGUACGAAAAGGUAUGUUUAUCCUCAAAAUAUGACAGCGAUAUUCAAGAAUUUGAUACUACUUUAACCAUAAUAGAGUUUUUGAGUCCCAAGAUUUUUUUGAAAUUGAACAAUUACAGUCAUCACUCACGUUUGAUUAAUCGAAUCAAUAGUAUAAAUUCCCUGAAUAUCAGAAAGAAUCAACAAAGGGACGUAAUAACAUUGAAUUUAAUUAGGGGACAAUUUUCCAGAGCACUUGCCCUUGAAUAUGGAGCAUCCCAGUUUGAUCGCGAUAAUUUAUUGCUUUUUCUCGACGUUGAUAUGAUAUUUAGCAUAGGUUUCCUGAAAAGAGUCCUAGCGUUUACCGUUCAAAAUGUCAGUGUUUAUUACCCCGUCGUAUAUAGUCAAUACAAAAAUAACAUUUCUAAGUCAUUCAUCUCGUCAGACACGGAUUAUUUUAACGAGGGAUUUUGGAACAUAUACGGGUAUGGCAUGGUUUCCUUAUACAAAUCCGAUUUUGACAAGACUGACGGGUUCAGUAUGGACAUCGUAGGUUGGGGUAAAGAGGACGUAGAUUUGUAUUCUAAAAUUAUAACCAAAUCCAAUCUCACUAUUUAUCGAUCAGCUGAACCCGGGUUAAUCCACGUGUAUCAUAAAAGAUCUUGCCCUGAAAUCCUCGAGUCCGCUCAAUAUAAAAUGUGCAUGGAUUCCUUGGCCUCUUACCAGGCUAAUAAGAGAACCCUAGGGAAAAUUAUUAUAGACAACAUUAAAUUGUCUUAA